AUGACUCGUGGUGAAAGCCAACAUUUUGUUUGCGAACCUGUUACAAUAGUAAAGUGGAAAGAUAAUAAAUCGGUAUUACUUGCAUACAACUGUACUGGCUCUGCCGAGACGAUUAUUGUUAAAAGGUGGGAUAAAACCAUUAGACAGUACGUUGACGUGACUGCUCCAAAAAUAGUAAAAAAUUAUAAUCAACACAUGGGAGGAGUUGACGUCCUGGAUCAACAGAUGGAGUGUUAUAGAACUUUUAUAAAAACAAAAAAAUGGACCUUAAAAUUGUUAACACACUUUUUUGACCUCGCGCUCGUAAACUCUUGGAGGCUGUAUAGAAACGACUGCAAUAGAAACAAUUAUGCAAGGAAAGAUACGAUGCCUUUACUCGAUUUCCGCUUGGAUGUGGCAGAUGCCUUAUCUUGUACACCAAGUAGAACUCGAAGGGAUAGUGAAGAUGAUGACCAGGUAUCAUCUUCUCGUCGCGACUACAAAAUAUACAGACCAGCAAAUAGACCGUCAGCAGAAAAACGAUAUGAUGGGUAUGAGCAUUUUCCCACCAGCGACGACAUAAAAGCGCUGAGGACUUGUAGAUUGGAAACCUGCAUCAGUUGUUCAAAAAUUAGGUGCGAUAAAUGUAAUGUGUAUUUAUGCUUAUCCCGUGAUAAAAAUUGUUUUAAGGCUUAUCAUAUACAAUAA